AUGCUCAACCAACCGCCGGGGUGCUCGAAGAAGACGAUCCUCAGCUUCAACGGCGCCUUCCACGGGCGGUUGUUCGGGUCGUUGUCGACGACGCGCUCGAAGCCGAUCCACAAGUUGGACAUCCCCGCCUUCGACUGGCCGGUGGCGCCGUUCCCGCAAUUGCAGUACCCUCUUGAAGACCACGUCGACGCCAAUAAGCUCGAGGAGCAGCGCUGCCUUGAGGCCGUCGACACCAUCUUGGCUCACGGCGACGUCGCCGCCGUCGUCGUCGAGCCCGUCCAGUCGGAAGGCGGCGACAACCAUGCCCUGCCCCAGUUCUUCCAGCAAUUGCGCAAAAUCACCCAGGACCGCGGGGUGUUUUUGAUCGUCGACGAAGUGCAAACUGGCGGUGGCGGUACGGGCAAGUUCUGGGCCCACGAGCACUGGAACUUGCCGCUGCCGCCGGAUAUGGUGACGUUUUCCAAAAAGAUGCAGGCGGCCGGGUUCUACUACGCCGAGCCCGACCUCCAGCCUAAGCUUGCCUACCGUCAGUUCCACACCUGGUGCGGCGACCCGCUGAAGGCGAUCAUCGCCCGCGCCAUCAUCGACGAGGUGCAAAAGCACGGUCUCGUCGACGCCACCGCGGCCACGGGGGACUACUUGUACGCCCACCUCGCCAAAUUGCAAGAUGCGGGCAAGAUUCUGCGGCUCCGGGGCCAGGGGAUGGGGACGUUCAUUGCGUUCGACUUGCCCACCGCGGACGCGCGCAACCAGCUCGUGGCCAAGUUGAAGCAGCUUGGCGUCGUCGCCGGCGGCUGCGGCGACAAGCUGGUGCGGUUGCGCCCGCUGUUGACGUUUGGUACGCCCCACGCCGACGUGUUUAUCGACAAACUCCACCAGGCGCUCUAA